GAGAGCAUGGUUGAUCUCUCCAAUGGAGAUGGGCCACUCCACCGGCUUCCUUUCCCCAAUCUUCGUAGCUCUCUUCGGCGUGAUGUCGGCCGCCGUCGUCCUCGCCGUCUACCAUUGCGUCAUUAUCACCUUCUGCCGCCCUCGCCACGCCGGUGGCGGCCCUCCUCACCGGCCAAACGAUGUUGAAGCGGCCAGCAGCAUCGACCUAACAUCAGCUCAGCUUACACCUCCAGCUCGAAAGUAUGGGAAAGAAGGCGACGGAGAUAACAACACUUGCGCUGUUUGCUUGUCUGAGUUCAAGGCCGGUGAGGCAGUGAGAUUGUUGCCGGAGUGUAAGCAUUGUUUUCAUGUUGCUUGUAUUGAUUUGUGGCUUCAAUCUCAUUAUAGUUGUCCUAUGUGCCGGACUGUCACUGCUCCAUGGCUGGAUAGGAGAGGAGAAGAAGAAGAAGAAGGUUUUUAAGGAUAAGAUUAAUUGUUGUUUUUUGUUAUGUUCUUGUUGUUAUUGAUGAGGAUGAUGAUUCUUGAGUUUAUGGA